GUGCGGGAAAUCUACUUCCGUCUUUCUCCAGCUACUCCAGGAGUGAGCUAACUGGCUCCACAUAAGAAUGGAGUUUGCCGAGCUGAUAAAAACCCCUCGGGUGGACGGGGUUGUGCUGCACCGUCCCUUCAUGCCUACGGUGGAGGGCACUCUGUGUCUGACGGGACACCAUCUAAUCCUGUCAUCCCGGCAGGACAAUACCGAGGAGCUGUGGCUGCUGCACUCCAACAUCGACUACAUUGAGAAAAGGUUUGUUGGUUCACUGGGGACCAUUAUCGUUAAAUGCAAAGACCUCAGAAUAAUUCAGCUGGAUAUCCCAGGAAUGGAAGAAUGCCUCAACAUUGCCAGUUCAAUUGAAGCAUUGUCAACCCUGGACUCUGUGUCACUCAUGUACCCUUUUUUCUACCGACCAAUGUUUGAAGUUGUUGAGGAUGGGUGGAAUAUGUUUCUUCCUGAGGAGGCCUUCAAAGAAAUAGAGACCCUGACAGAUGAGUGGAGGCUGAGUAGCGUAAACAAGGACUUUGGUGUGUGUCCAACCUACCCCCAACUGGUGGCUGUGCCAAAAGCUGUAGACGACGACACCCUCCGGAAGGUUGCGACCUUCAGGCAUGGAGGCCGUUUCCCUGUGCUCAGCUACUACCACAAGAAGAAUGGCAUGGUAAUGAUGCGUGCCGGGCAGCCACUGACAGGCACCAAUGGGCGCCGCUGCAAGGAGGAUGAGAAGCUGAUCAAUGCCACACUGCGCCCUGGCAAGCGUGGCUAUAUCAUCGACACGCGUGCCAUCAAUGUGGCACAGCAGGCCAAGGCGCGGGGCGGCGGUUUUGAACAGGAGGCCAGCUACCCACAGUGGAGGAGGAUCCACAAAGCCAUUGAGAGGUACAACAUCCUCCAGGAGAGCCUGAUCAAGCUGGUGGAGGCGUGCAAUGACCAGUCGCAGAGCAUGGAUCGCUGGCUGAGCAAACUGGAGGCCUCUAACUGGCAGACACACGUCAAAGAGAUUGUCACCACUGCUUGCCUCGCUGCGCAGUGCAUCGACCGGGAGGGUGCUUCUGUGCUUGUCCAUGGUACUGAGGGCACAGACUCCACGCUCCAGGUCACCUCACUGGCCCAGAUUAUCUUGGACCCAUGCUGUAGGACCAUGCGAGGCUUCCAGUCUCUGGUGGAAAGGGAGUGGCUGCAGGCUGGUCACCCGUUCCAGCAGCGGUGCGCACAGUCGGCAUACUCCAACAGCAAGGCGCGUUUAGAGGCGCCUGUCUUUCUGCUCUUCUUGGAUUGCGUGUGGCAGGUACUGCGCCAGUUCCCCUGCUCCUUCCAGUUCAACGAGCACUUUCUCGUGCUACUCUUUGAGCACGCCUACGCUUCGCAGUUCGGCACCUUCUUGGGCAACAACGCUGCCGAGAGGCUGAAGCUUAAGCUCCCCCAGAAGACAGUGUCCCUGUGGUCUUGGGUGAACCGACCCCAGGAAAUGGAGCGCUUCCUCAACCCACUUUAUGAGCCCAACAACUUGGUCAUCUGGCCCUCGGUGGCCCCACAGAGCCUGCUGUUGUGGGAGGGGGUUUUCCUGCGCUGGAACCGGUCCUCCAAAUGCCUGGAUGAGGCCUAUGAUGAGAUGGUUCACAUCAUCGAGUACAACAAAGAACUGCAGAGCAAGGUCAACGCCCUGCGACGACAGCUGGCCCAGCUGGAGACAGGGGAUGGCCUGCUUGAGACACCUUAGUGGAGUCUUAUACACAUGACAGUCCUGUCCACAGCCUGACACACAAACACACGUGCACAAGUACACACACACACA